AUGACACAAUCCACAUAUGCAUCUCCCAUUGACAUUUCCAGUUUCACCGACCUAGUAGUAGCCAAAGGGAUCAACCGGUCUCCCCGCGAUAAGUUCCUCGAGUGUGCAUUUGCUCUUGACAUUGGUGGCUCCCUAGCCAAACUCGCAUACCAACACACUUUCCGCUACAAAGUCUGUGUUCCUAAGGAGCUCUCGGACCCUCAUUCCAAGCGUCGCACGACCAUCUGCGGUCCUUUUGAGUUUUAUGACUAUCGAGAGCACGAAUAUGAAGGCCACAAACUUUGUUUUACUAAGUUUGAGACGCGUCACAUCGACGCUUGUCUCGAGUUUAUUCGUUCCACCAUUCUUCCGGCCUAUGUGAGCGCUGACAAGGAAUCAGUGCGUCUAGUAGGUCGUGUUACCGGCGGCGGAUCUUAUAAGUACAUGCCAAGUAUUCUUGAGAAACUUGGAGAUGUGGAAAUCGAACGAGAAGAUGAGAUGGGUUCUCUAGUGCAAGGAUGCAUCUUUCUACUGCGAAACAUCCCCGAUGAGGCUUUCAUCUACGACAAGAGGGCCAUGCCAUCGCAGAUAUUUCUUUCUUCCUUCAUGGUGAACACCGCACCAUUCCUCUUGGUAAAUAUUGGUUCUGGAGUGAGCUUCCUCAAGGUGGAAGCCGACGCCUCCUAUGAACGCGUUGGUGGUACUUCACUAGGUGGGGGAACGUUUUGGGGGAUUGGAAGUCUGCUUGCCGGCGGUGAGUGGUGCUUUUUAACCUUUAAUUUAUGA